GACGUCAGACGCACGGUCCCCAGCAACGGCCGCACGUCGCGAGCUCGCCGGGAACCCGGAAGCGGCGGCGGUGGUGGCGGCGGGCGGGCACGCUCCGAGCGGCACAGGCGGCGGAAAGUAGUCCCGGGGGCGGCGCGGUGUCCGGCGGGGAACGGCGGCAUCCUCGGCAGCCCCGGCCCGGUAACCCCCCACGGACCGCACGGCGGCGGCGGGGAUGGCGGCGGACAAGGCCGCGGAUCAAGGUACUGAGAAACAUGAAGGAGCGGGUACUUCAGGGAUUACUGAUCAGGAAAAGGAGCUGUCGAGCAGUGCACUACAAGCUUUUCUGGCUGGAAAUUAUGAUGCUUGUUUGCAACACCUAAAUACCCUUCAAGACAUAAACAAAGAUGACUACAAAAUAACACUGAAUACUGCUGUUGCAGAGUUCUGUAAAAGUAACCAGACUACAACAGACAAUUUGAGGCAAACCCUUAACCAGUUGAAGAACCAGGUUCACUCUGCUGUUGAAGAAAUGGAUGGUUUAGAUGAUGUUGAAAAUAGUAUGCUUUAUUACAAUCAAGCUGUUAUUUUGUACCAUCUGCGUCAGUAUACUGAAGCUAUAUCAGUUGGAGAGAAGCUGUACCAGUUUAUAGAGCCUUUCGAAGAGAAGUUUGCACAGGCUGUGUGCUUCUUGCUUGUGGACUUGUACCUGCUAACUUACCAAGCUGAGAAAGCCUUGCAUCUGCUUGCUGUUCUGGAAAAAAUGAUUUCACAGGGCAAUAAUAACAGCAAGAAUGGAAAAAAUGAGUCAGGUAAUAAUACAAAUAAAGACUCCUCUAAUCAAAAAGCUGAAAGUGGAGCUUUAAUAGAAGUUGCUAAAUCUAAGAUACAUCAGUAUAAGGUGAGAGCCUAUAUCCAGAUGAAGUCACUAAAAGCAUGCAAAAGGGAGAUCAAGUCUGUUAUGAACACAGCUGGAAAUUCAGCUCCGUCUCUCUUUCUUAAGAGUAAUUUUGAAUAUUUGAGGGGCAAUUACCGUAAAGCAGUCAAACUUUUAAACAGUGCAAACAUUGCUGAACAUCCAGGCUUCAUGAAAACAGGUGAAUGCUUAAGGUGCAUGUUCUGGAACAAUCUUGGCUGCAUCCACUUUGCAAUGGGAAAGCACAAUUUAGGAAUUUUUUACUUCAAAAAAGCCUUACAAGAAAAUGAUAAUGCGUGUGCGCAGCUAGGAACAGGUAGCUCAGAUCCAGGUAAAAAAUUUUCAGGGAGGCCCAUGUGUACGCUGCUGACCAACAAACGGUAUGAGUUGCUCUACAACUGUGGAAUUCAGCUCCUGCAUAUCGGGAGGCCUUUAGCUGCCUUUGAAUGCCUGAUUGAGGCAGUCCAGGUUUAUCACUCAAACCCUCGCCUUUGGCUGAGGAUAGCUGAAUGCUGCAUUGCUGCCAAUAAGGGGACUUCAGAACAAGAGACUAAAGGUCUUCCAAGCAAAAAGGGAAUUGUGCAAUCUAUAGUAGGUCAAGGCUACCACCGUAAGAUAGUCCUGGCAUCCCAGUCAAUACAGAAUGUUGUUUAUAAUGAUGGGCAGUCUUCAGCAAUACCUGUAGCCAGUAUGGAAUUUGCAGCGAUUUGUCUAAGAAAUGCCUUGCUGUUACUUCCAGAAGACCAGCAGGAGUCAAAGCAAGAAAAUGGAUCUAAAACUAGUAAUCAGCUAGGUGGAAAUGCAGAAAACAGUGAAAGCAGUGAAGCAUGCAGCAAUAAAAGUCAUGAAGGGGAUAAAUUCAUUGCAGCUCCACCUUCUUCACCUUUGAAGAAACAGGAAUUAGAAAAUUUAAGGUGCUCAAUACUUGCCUGUAGUGCUUACGUGGCUCUGGCUUUGGGUGAUAACCUUAUGGCAUUGAAUCACGCAGAUAAACUCCUUCAGCAACCAAAGCUGUCAGGGUCUCUUAAGUUUCUCGGGCAUUUGUACGCAGCAGAAGCUCUCAUCUCUCUAGACAGAAUAUCUGAUGCCAUCACUCACUUGAACCCUGAGAACGUCACUGAUGUUUCCCUUGGGAUUUCUUCAAAUGAACAGGAUCAAGGGUCUGACAAAGGAGAGAAUGAGGCAAUGGAAUCUUCUGGCAAGCAGACCCCACAGUGUUAUCCCAGUUCAGUCACAUCUGCACGAACAAUGAUGUUGUUUAACCUCGGAAGUGCUUACUGCUUGAGGAGUGAAUAUGACAAAGCUCGAAAGUGUCUCCAUCAGGCUGCUUCAUUGAUCCACCCCAAAGAGAUCCCUCCAGAGGCUAUUCUGCUGGCUGUAUAUCUUGAAUUACAGAAUGGUAACACUCAGCUGGCAUUGCAGAUCAUCAAGAGAAACCAGCUUCUCCCUUCUGUGAAAACACUCUCUGACAUGCGGAAGAAGCCUGUUUUUCAGCCAGUCCAUUCAAUCCAGCCCAUUCAGAUGCCAGCUUUCACCACUGUUCAAAGGAAGUGAGGGUUUGAUUGAGCUUGCUGCUGCCCUUUCUAUGAGGGCUUGGGAUUUUGUAUAUUUUUUUAACCUAGGACACCUGCAUACCCGAGGUUGCUGGAGUGUGUUCAUUUCUGUAAAUUUUUAAUAAAACACCUAAAUGCCUCUAG